AUGAAAAAAGGUCUGAUUUGUUUAGGAAACCCAAUAGUGGACUGUUAUGCAUUUGUUUCUGAUGAAUUCCUAAAAAAGCACGCUUUGCCUAAAGGUUCUGCUCCCGUCUUUUCGCCAGAACAAGUGAAAGAGAUAAUAAAAGAUGUUGAUUUCGUAUCAGUAGCUUGUGGUGGAUCAUCUCUAAAUGUGGCCAAGGGAGUUGGUUUUGCUGGUCAUAAAGCAGCCGUUUUUGGACAACAUUCGGAUGAUGAAGAUGGAAAAAUAGUUGAGGAAGGUCUAUCAGAUUAUUCUGUCAAGAAUCUUUCUAUUGUUAAAAAAAAUGCGUAUACCACAAGAUUGAACUGUUUUAUCACUCCAGACGGACAAAGAACAAUGCUUGCUAUUUUUGCUUCUUCUCACGAGAAACUAGAUGCUCCUAUAAAUUUUUCAAUGUUUGAUGAAUACAAAUAUCUUUUAGUAGAAGGCUAUUAUUUUUGUAACGACAUACUUGUGGAUACUGCUUAUAAAGUAAACGAAUAUUGUCACAAGCAAGGUUUAGAAACUAUUCUGCUUCUUUCAAAUAUCUUUUGUGUGAACUCAUAUAAAAAUCAUUUGCUUACUACUUUGGAAAAAUCAACAAUUAUUUCUGGAAAUGACGAAGAAUUUUUGAAAUUAUUGGAUAAGGAAAAUAUUGAAGACUUAUUAGUUUUCUUAGAGAAACAUCCAUCAUUAAAGGUUUCUUUGGUUACUUUAGGCCCUAAAGGUGCUUAUGCUGUUGUAAAUGGAAAAAGGUACUUUAUCGAAGCUCCUGAUGCUGAAGUUGUAGAUACAACAGGAGCUGGCGAUUACUUUACAGCUGGAUUUCUAUAUGGAUAUUUUGAAGGCUAUUCAGUAGAAACUUCUUUAAAAAUUGCAAAUCUAUUCGCCGGAGAUGUAAUUUCUCAUGUAGGAGCAAAUCUUGAUAAAAAUAUUAGGUCAAAAUUUGAAUAUCUUUUAGCUAAUGAAAAAAAAUAA